AUGGGGAUCAUCCUUCACGUCCUCUGGCGAGCGCUGCUCUGCGGGCUGACGGUCCAGCCGAGCGAAGCGGUGGAGGUGCUUUGUGCUGGGACGGCUUGCUACACGCUCGACUUUGGGAGGCACACUUGGUCGGAGGCGCAGCAGAAGUGCCAAGACAAUGGAGGGAACCUGGUGACGCUGAAGAGCCAGGAUGAGGCUCUGCUUGUCCGGCAACUGCUAGCCAAGAUGCCCGCCGGGGAAACUGGCCCAGAUGCGGAGGUAAGGUUGUGGAUCGGGCUCCAUCGAGAGAAGGGCAAGUGCUACCAGCAACACCGGCCUCUGAGGGGCUUCAGCUGGGUGACAGGAGGCGAGGAGGGCCACUAUGCGGACUGGCGGCAGGAGCCACGGGAAACGUGCACUGCAGACAGGUGCGUGGCCCUGCAGGGGGUGCCCUCCGCACCUCAGCAGCUGGCCUGGGCAGAUGGCCACUGCGGCCGUUCGGCGGCCGGGAAGCCGGGCUACUUGUGCAAGUUCAGCUUCCAGGGCACGUGCCGUCCACUCGUUCUGGCAGGGCCGGGCACCGUCCGGUACACCACCCCUUUCGGGGUCACGACCGCCUCCCUCGCGGCCGUGCCCUUCGGCUCCUCGGCGGAAGUGCUGUGCGGAGAGGAGGCGCUGAGCACCUUCCUCGUGUGCAAGCCGCAGACCCACGGCAACAGCUCUCGCUGGAGCAGCCCGGGGCCCUUCUGCGCCUCACGCACGCACGGCUGCGGCUACAGCAACGGGGGCUGCGAGCACACGUGCCUGGACGGGCCGGGGGGCUCCUUCCGGUGCGCCUGCCAGGCGGGGUACCGGCUCGGAGGGGACCGGCUUUCCUGCGUCCUGGUGGACUACUGCAGCUCCAACCCGUGCCAGGGGCAGUGCGUGGCCCAGCCCGGGGGCUUCCAGUGCCUCUGUGCCCCGGGCUACCGCGUGGCCGAGGACGGGCUAAGCUGCGUGGAUGUGGACGAGUGCACCGCCGCCCAGCCGCCCUGCGAGCAAACCUGCAUCAACACCCCGGGCAGCUUCACCUGCCAGUGCGGCCUGGGCUUCACACCUGCUGGGCCCGACGGCCAGGCGUGCCAGGACGUGGACGAGUGUGCCGAGCACGCACCGUGCGAGCAGCUUUGCACCAACACGGAGGGCUCCUUCCACUGCUAUUGCCGGCCCGGCUACCAGCUGGAAGGGGUCAGCGGCUCCGCUUGUCUGGACAUGAACGAAUGCCAGGAGGAGUACUGUGAGCACAUGUGCAGCAACCAGCUGGGCAGCUAUGAGUGCUCCUGCAGGCCAGGCUGGGUCCUGGCUCCCGACGGUUUCUCGUGCCUCCUGAGUGCCAUGCACAGCACCUCCGCCCCACCCGGCCAGCAGGGGGAGCCAUGGAGCCUGGCCAACACCAGUCCUACAGCAAUGGUGCAAGAUCUGGUGUCCAAAUCGUCUGUUCAAGCCCAAGAAGACAGAAGCUCUGUGUCCCUGGGCUCCACUUCUCCGCCGCCCGUGUUCAACCAUCCACAGGAUGCGGAAAACCACGUCAUCAGCGAUGGUGUCGAGAAGGACAGUGGAGCCUCCAAGUACCUCCCGUAUUACAUCCUGGGUGGACUGGCUCUUUUCCUGCUGGUGGCGGCUGCUCUGAGCUGGGUCUUCUACAGGAGGAUGAAGGACAAGAAAGACAAGGAGAAAACCAAGAGUGCCACCGACAAAUACUGUUGGGAGCCGGAUCAGGGGGAGGCCCGGGCAGGGAAGAACGAAUACAUCUAG